AUACAGCUCAACAUUAGUAAACGCAGACUUAUGAUUCUGGAUUCAAUCAAAACACAAGGUCUGCAGAAGUGUAACCUUAUCUUGAUACAAUCUAUACUGCUAUUCUGCUUUAGCUCCGUCGAACAAACUCAGCUUGUUGUAAUUAUUGUCUUAUUUAUGAACAUAUCAAAACAGCUGAUCAACUACAAACGGUUUCUUUCUGAGAGGGACUAAGACCGGGGACUAAGAGUCGUCGAAAAACCAAUAGCUGUGCAAUUUUAUCAGUUUACACUUCCGAAACAGAAAUCUUAAUCUUCCAACAUGUUUCAGGGUCAACAAUGGACAGUGGUGAAGUUUGCAUCCAUUGCAAUAGCAUUCAUGGCCUUCGUUCUUUACCUCUACCAGGCAGGUUCUCUUCCAUUUAUACCGACCAAAAACGCCCCGACGUCGGAUGGUGAACGUCUGACCUAUGCUUUCCGUUGCCUGGCAUUUUCUAUCCUGCCCCUCUUCAUGGGCAUCAGAGCUGUUGGAAACAAACGAUUCAGUAACAUCGACACCCUCGGGGCAGAUCCAACCGCUCCGGUCGACCCCGUCAAACAUCGAGACUUCUUGACCCGCCAAAGGAAUCUCCAGAAUACCUUGGAGCAGACAGUCUUACACAUCGGAGCAGUCCUAGCCCUGGCAUCAAGUCUCCCACUUGAUCAACUCUCCGUGAUACCCGUCUUGGUCUUCUUCUUCGUCAUCGGUCGGAUCACCUACUAUAUUGGAUAUCUUUACUUUGAUAACCAACUUUACAGAGCGUUUGGUUUUGGUGUAACAUUCAUUCCAUCUGUAGUUGGCCUUGGUUAUGCCCUCUUUAUCAUAAUUUUUCGAAAUUAGUGUUAUAAAUAG